AUGGGAAUUUCAACUACACAUUUCAGCGGAGAACUGGUUUGUUACGUUAAAGUUAAAAACGUUGAAGAGAAAAAUAUGGUGUUAGCUACAGCUAGGGAAUAUGUUAAUAGCAUGAGAAGUUCAUACAGACCAUCACCUCCUGGAAUAUCAUUGACUCAAGAAAUUAGCGACACAUACAAAUUGCAUUUCAAAAAAACAAUGUGCCUCAGCAGUCUAAAAAACCAACUGCGUGUAACUGAGAUCAGAUCAAAACAAAUAAGAGAAGGUAAUAAAGAUAUGAACGAAAAGGAAGUCACCCGUCGUAAAUUUAAGCAGUUAAAGAAACCUGAUAGAUCUUUACGUUUGGUUAAAAAAGUCCAAAAUCUUAAUGAUGCUAUUACUAGUAUUUUCCCAUCCAAGUUCUUUCCCAAACUUUCAAUUGAUAAUUUUACACCCUUGCUUGCAAAACAGUUAAAUCAACAUAUAUGCAAUGUAUUGAUCGAUGAUGCAGGCCAGUAUAGAAUAAAAUACGUUAUGCCAGCACAAGAAAACUUUGUUUAUAUGUCUCCAUAUUUGAUAGAAGACCGUAUGAAUGAACUAUUCCGUCAAUGUCGAGAAAAAUUUAAGAAAGAAGAUUUACAGCUGGAGGAAGCUGUCAAAUUUGGAGCGUGCUUUUAUUCUCAUUUCUUAAGUAUCCCCCCUUUUCCGGGUAACCUUAUUGCAGGAUCAUGUGAUUAAAAUCUCGCUAACGCCGCUGUUAAGAAAAAAAGCAAUGUGAUCAUUAAAUUUUAAGUUUUACUCAUGUCAAGAAAAAUUCAAUUAAUUCAAUAUAAACGAGAGAAAAAUAGUAGUCGUAAACAGUGUUUUUUGAAGGAUGAUCCUUGAAGAUGUAGUAAAAAAAUUCUUAUGG